UAAAUUCCGCGCCCUCUGGGCUUAGCCACAACAGGAGGAAGAGGUGAAGACUAGUUUCCAACGCUCGGAGCAACCGCCACAAAUUGGCUAAUGUUGAGGUUCUUCUUCCAACUUGGCCGUCGCUGUUACUCUGUUUCCCAACGUAGUAUCACACAAACUCUGCUGCUAGAUUCAGCAAACAACCCAGUAACAUUGAUAGCUACCCAGUUGUGUAAUUGCACUCACAUUCACCAAUUGAACCAAGUUUAUGCCCACAUUCUCAGAACACACUUUCUGGAAUCCAACCCUGCCCCCUUUAACUGGAACAACAUCAUAAGGUGCUACACUAGACUAGAAGCUCCACGCAAUGCACUUCGUCUCCAUGUUUUGAUGCUGCGAGCUGGGGUUUUGCCUGACCGCUACACUCUUCCAAUUGUUCUCAAGGCAGUGUGUCAGUCUUUUGCCAUUGAGCUGGGAAAACAGGUUCAUUCGCUCGGUGUGAAGAUUGGAUUGCAAACCAAUGAGUAUUGUGAAACUGGGUUUAUUAACUUGUAUUGUAAAUCUGGAGAAUUUACGAGUGCCCGUAUGGUGUUUGAUGAAAAUCCUGACCCGAAGCUAGGUUCUUGGAAUGCUGUUAUAGGUGGGCUUUCUCAAGGUGGUCUUGCCAGGGAUGCGAUCCGCGUGUUUGUUAAUAUGAGGAGACAUGGGUUUGCCCCGGAUGGGGUUACCAUGGUUAGCCUCACGUCUGCUUGUGGAAGUGUUGGUGACUUGCAGUUGGGUCUACAAUUGCAUACAUGUGUCUAUCAUGCUAAAGCAGCUGAGAGGACGGAUAUUUUGAUGUGGAAUUCGCUGGUUGACAUGUAUGGGAAGUGUGGGCGGAUGGAUUUGGCGUACAAAGUUUUUGCGACGAUGGACGAGCGGAACGUGUCAUCGUGGACAUCGUUGAUUGUGGGUUACGCGAUGCAUGGACAUGUAAAUGAGGCGCUUGAAUGCUUCUGGUGUAUGAGGGAGGCAGGAGUAAGGCCUAAUUAUGUGACUUUUGUUGGAGUGCUUAGUGCUUGUGUGCAUGGAGGGAAAGUUCAGGAAGGGAGAUGCUACUUUGAUAUGAUGAAGAAUGUUUAUGGCAUAACCCCCCGACUGCAGCAUUAUGGAUGCAUGGUUGACCUGCUGGGUCGAGCAGGGUUGCUUGAUGAGGCCAUGAAAAUGGUGGAGGAGAUGCCUAUGAAGCCAAAUUCAAUAGUAUGGGGGUGUUUGAUGGGUGCAUGUGAAACAUAUGGGAAUGUGGAGAUGGGAGAGUACGUAGCUAAGCAUUUGCAAGCAUUGGAACCUUGGAAUGAUGGUGCUUAUGUGGUAUUGUCUAACAUUUAUGCCAAUAAAGGCAUGUGGAAAGAGGUGGAGAGAAUAAGAUCAAGCAUGAAAGAAGGAAGACUUGCUAAGGUUCCUGCCUAUAGCUUGACAACAAAUUCAGAUUGAAGACACAACAAUAAUUUAUUUGAACAUUGGGGAUUGCUCAAUUAUAGUUUCUGCUUGUGCCAAUGAUACUAGAAAUUUUGCUUCUUUUAGUGAUAAAUACUUCAUAAAUGGAAGAAAUUUCCAUAAUCAUUUUCUUUCUUGAGUUUAAAGGGGGAGGGAAACUAAGUUAUGUAUGAUUAGCUUAUAAGAAAGUAAGAAGUUUUUGUAGGCUUACUCAAUCAAUAUCAUUUUGUUUUUAUUUGCCA